CUGGACAUAUAUUUUAUCAUUUCAAAUGCAUGUAAUGAUAUCCUGUUAAUGGGUGAUUUUGGCAGGUAUGCUAUUGAUACAAUGCGCUCUAGGUUGACAAGGAACUUAUUAUUUUAGAGCAGCUGCAGCGUGAAACAAUGACAGUGGCUGGAGAUGGCGGUUUGUGCAGUUGACUGGCAUAUUUGGGCUACCGAGGCUUCUAUUUCUAAUGGAGAAAAUUUUCAAACUCUGGUAGUGUGCUGGAUGAUACACAGGUACUUAGAAAUUGCAAGUCGACAGGUGUUUGAUGGAAUGCCUGUGAAGAUUUUUAUCUUGUGGAAUUGCAGUUAUCAUCAAACACAAGCUGCAGCUGUUGUUUCUCCUUUAGUUCCAACCAGCUUCUUUCUAGCUCCUCCUCAGAUGGCAACACAAGGUGGGGCCCUUUACUCCCAAUUGUCUGUAAUGCCACUGAAAUCUAAUCUGAUAGCUCCCUUUGUAUCAUGGAAGCUCUUACAAGAUCACAACACGGUGAAGGAGUGAUGCCAGAGUUGAAGAGCCCAGAGUUAUUAGAGAGCAGCCUUUAUAGGUACAGUCGUGAGGUGAUAGCUUCACGAGACGGUCCAUCUUCGACUGUAUGAUCGCCAGUUCGAUCUCGGUUUUCUUCUGGAGACGUACGGCCUACCUGCAGUACAAGUGGCAUUUACUGGAAGACCCGGAAUCGUACUCGGUUUUCAUUGAUAGAAGGGCUGUGAACAACAGAACCUCAAUUCGAGCCGUUUUGGAAGGGCUAGGAGAGGAAAGAGUGAAGAGGAUGAAGGAUAAGAUAGUCGAGUAUAUACCAAAGUUUGUGUACACCGCCCCCAAAGAGGGGUUGGCCGGUAUGAAGGAUGUGUUUGAUGUUUCCCUUGAAGGGGAAUUGAGAAGAUUCCAAGAGCAGAGAAGGACAUAAAUGGAAUUAAAAAAUUGGGAAUGGGAGAUCUUGUAUGUUGUAUUUUGUACUUAUCUUGGGUGGGGUAUAUUGAUGGAGGGACAGGAUAUUGAAGUAGAUCGGUGGACGGUUGGAUGGAUGUGGUUGGUGGAUUUUAUAUUGAUUGGUUAGCUGCAGAGACAGUUAUUAGUUGCUACCACAGUCUCUGUGGUUAAAGAUUAUUAUGUGUGUGAAUCAUUCUAUUGUCCUUUUCUUCUAUUUGUGUAAUUAUCUAGCAUAUAAUACAAGUAGAUUACAUACCC